AUCAUCAGCAGAACUUCAGAAAUGUCGCGUUUAACGGCAGGCCUUGAUCAGCAGAUCACCAUCUUCUCGCCAUCGGGGGAUUUACAUCAGAUCGACUAUGCCAGGAAAGCGGCAGCCUUGGAGAACACCACAGUGGCGCUGAAGACCAAAAACGCAGCAGUUCUGGCCACCCAGAAGCGGAUUACCGACAAAACCAUCGUGCCGCGGUCGGUGAAGCAUUUGUUUCGCAUCACCCCAAAGAUUGGCUGCUGCAUGACAGGCCGCAUCGGCGACUCCCACUUUCAGGUGCGGCGGUCCCGCAACGAGGCCAGCAAAUUCAGAUACACCUGCGGCUACGAUGUCACAGCCAAGGCGCUGUGCGAACGCAUGGCGGACAUCAAUCAGGUGUACUCGCAGCAUCCCGAAAUCCGUCCGCUCGGCUGCAGCAUGAUUCUGAUCGAGUACGACGAAAAGCUGGGCCCCACGCUCCACAUGACGGAUCCCGGGGCCGACUGCAACAGCUACAAGGGCUGUGGCCUGGGUCCACAGGCUGACCAGGCGGAGGCGUUCUUGGCGGCCCACUUGAAGGGGGGUACCCGUAAUAUGUCCGAGGAGAAGGCCAUACAGCUGGCCCUCGAAUGCCUGGGCACUGUCUUGGAUAUUCGCUUCGAGCCGCUGCACUUGGAGGUGGGCAUUGUGAGCAAGGCUCAUCCAGAAUUUCGGAUGCUGGACGAAAUGGAGAUUGCAGAGCAGCUGAGUAAUAUGCUAAGAUCUUCACAGGGCUCUUAAGAAACCCCGCACCCAAAGACAUUACUACAUUAGACAUUACUUCUACUCUACACAAGACAUAACAUCUACAUGUAGUAGACUCAAGCAAAAGCUCCCUGGAGAGCGCGACUCCAGCAUAAGGCUUGAAGGGCCAAACGAGAGCCCUCAACCGAGGGGCUCUACCGCAUGACGAGUGACAUAUGUAAAGUACAUAUACAUCUACAUGCAAUACCUAUCGAAUA